AUGUGGUCUCUGUUGCACGUCACACUGCUACUGCUGUUGUUGUGCUCCUACCUAAAUGCGUGUUUCGUCCACGCGGAGCACACGUGCGGUUUUGGCAGGAGGAAGAGGAGUGCCGGCGAGCAGCCCGUCACGGUAGUGCGGGAGGUGUCGCGGGCGGGCCAGGGCGCGUGGCAGGCGUACACAGCGGCCACCGCAGACGGCUGGGCGCCGCUUCGCGUCCUUGUGUCGACCGUGGACCUGGAGAAUGAAAAUCAAUACUGCACUGCGUCAAUGGACGCUCGUCCGGAUUUCGAGGGUAGCCGUUUGCUCUGUGGUGCGAGCCAGGUUCUCACCGCGGCGAAGAAGGCCAUCCUGACGCGCAGAAGCAUCCCCGAGGCGGUCAAGCUCCACACCGAUCGGCUCCUCGUAAAGCCGGUGACCGGCCACCUGGUGGUGCCGAUAUUCUCCGCUCCUCACAUCUGCACACCGUUCAGUAUCCCUGCUAGCCACCACAACCCCGGCGUCACCGACCAUGACAUGGUCCUGUACGUUGCCGCUGGGCCUACCUCAGAGAGCGGCGUCGUUGCUUGGGCUAUAUCCUGCGCGUCAAUAGCUGAUGGACGCCCUGCGGUGGGUGUGAUGAACUUCUCCCCCAACCACAUUGCCGACACGCUGCGCGUCGUGCGUAUCGCCGCCCACGAGAUGGCACACGCUCUUGGAUUUGAGAGUGAAGUGUUUCUCGCUCGUGGGAUGCUGACCUUUGAGUUGGAGAUUCGGGGCAAGAAGAACAUCUCUGCAUUGACGUCCAAGCGUGCGGUUGAGAUGGCGAGGAAGCACUACAAUUGCGAUACUGCGAUUGGCAUUGAGCUGGAGGAUGAGGGUGGUGAUGGAACGGCACUGUCGCACUUCGAGCGGCGCAACGCGAAGGACGAGCUGAUGGCUGGUGUCAACGGCAUCGGUUUCUACUCGGUUCUGACACUUUCGGCGUUCGAGGACACCGGUUUUUAUGUGGCAAAUUGGAGCAUGGCGGAGCCAAUGGCCUGGGGCAACAACUCCGGCUGCGAGCUGCUCACAGGCAAGUGCGUGGAGAAUGGAGUUACCCGGUACCCGCACAUGUUCUGCACCGACACGGACACGGAUGUGUUGCAGUGUACGUCCCAUCGUUUGGCUCUGGGGUACUGUUACCUCUCGCUGCAGGAAAGCCCCCUUCCGUCUCAUUUCAAUUAUUUCGUUGAUCCUCGCAAAGGGGGUCCCGAUAAUGCGCUGAUGGACUACUGCCCGUUGGUUGCGCCGGCCGGUGACCCCUUCUGGUGUACUACCGGGGAUGAGGGGAUGAUUCUCUCUAGCAUCUUUGGACCGGAUUCAGUGUGUCUAAAAGGGAAAUCCCUGAUGAUGGAGGGCACGCGUGUUGGUGACGUGUGCGCGGAGGUGCGGUGCACGACUACGGGUGUGCUGGUGCGGUACCGCGGCGACGACGAGUGGUAUACUUGCCCUGAGGGCAGAGUUCUGCGUCCUAGGGUGACCUUCUCCAGCGGCGGCAUUGUGUGUCCCAAGUACGACGAAGUGUGCACAGUUGCCCCUGACGGGAGCAGCCGCAUUAACGGGGAGGUUCGCACCGAGGCGCGAGAAAAGGGCGAUGUGAGUCAAAAAAACCUUAAGGGGAAUAAUGCGGCUGCGGGGGGGUUGCUACCACAUUUAUUCGACAAUGAGAAAGCGCUGCUGUUGGAUCGCGUGACGGAAAAGCACCAGAGUGAAAGAAAACGUAACUCCGACGGCAGCAUUGCGGCUGCUCUGCUAAUGUCGGUUCUGUUUGUGUUCAUCGCCACCUCAGUUCUUAUGGCUCCCUGA